GGCUGCCUUUGAAGUCGAAGGGUGUCUGGUUUCGCUCCUCCUCCUCCGCCGCCUGGAAGAAGGGGAAAUAUGAAGGGGAGUUACUACUACUACUACUACUACUAAUACGGUGCUUCCCUCAGGAGGUGAAGGAGUAGCCUCUGAGGAGGAGAGAAGGGCAGACUGAGGGAAGAAGGCGGCCAGGGUGCGACCGUUAUGGGGGACCCUCAACGUUUCACUUGAAAGUGGGGCGACAACCCCCCCGCGUCCUCCUUUUCCCGGACAUCCGUCCUCCAUCCCUGCCUUGCAAUGGGGAUUCCACAAUGUCCUCCAUUCUGAGCGUGAACUUCUAGGACUGUUUUUAAGCUCUUUUGUUAUUAUUACUAUUCCUUUUUGGCCGUGUCCUCCAUUUUGAGGGUGAACUUCUAGGACUGUUUUUAAGCUUUUUUAUUGCUAUUGUUACUUUUUGGUCAUGUCCUCCAUUCUGAGCAUGAACUUCUAGGUGUGUCUUUAACCAUUAUUAUUAUUAUUAUUUGGUCAUGUCCUCCAUUUUGGGGGAGAACUUCUAUGAGUGUCUUUAAGCUUUUUUAUUACUAUUAUUAUUAUUAUUAUUAUUAUUUGGUCGUGUCCUCCAUUUUGAGGAUAAACUUUCAUGAGCCUUUUUGAGCUUUAUUAUUAUUAUUAUUAUUAUUUUGGGGCGUGUCCUCCAUUUUGAGAGUAAUGUUCUAUGAGCAUUUUUAAGCUCUAUCAUCAUCAUCAUCAUCAUCAUUUUUAUUAUUAUUAUUUGGCCAUGCCCUCCAUUUUGAGGGUGAAUUCCUGCAAGUGUUUGUAAGCCUUAUCAACAUUUGUCCUCCUCUUCCAUUUUUUCCCCUGGGAGGUCCUCCAUUUUGGGCCUCCCCGUCCUCCUUCGCAGUUCUGAGGACCCCUCUGGUGCCUGCUUCUGUGGGGAAGCUUUGCUGGAGGAGGAGGAAAGCUGGAGGACUCUUUUUACUCAUAGGAGUGUGGCUGGGCUUUGCCAGACUUUGCCUUGGGCUUUUCAUUUCAUUCUGCCAGGUGGAAAUCUGUCCUUCAUACACACAGAGAGAGAAGGAGAGAAAGAGAGAGUCCUUUCUCCUCUCCUCAGGACUUUUGUGUUGUGUGUGAAGGGGUUCAAGGGAGUUCAAAGCAAAGGAAGCAGCGGUGGAUCAAAGGCGAAAGGGAGGAAAGUCCAGAGGAGGAGGAGGAGGAGGAAGAGGAAGAGGUGCCCUUGGAGAGAGCUGGAAAUGUCCUGCUCCUGCUGCAGCCUGGUCAGGUACCUGUUCCUGGCCCUCCUGACCCAAGGGCUGGGAGAAGGUUCUGCACUUCUUCAUCCAGAGAGCAGGUCUCACCCUCGAUCAUUAGAGAAGAAUGCAUGGAGGAUUUUCAAAGAAUCACAGUGUCAUCACAUGUUAAAACAUCUUCACAAUGGAGCACGAAUCACAGUACAGAUGCCUCCUACCAUUGAGGGACACUGGGUUUCCACUGGUUGUGAAGUUAGGUCAGGCCCAGAAUUCAUCACAAGAUCCUACAGAUUCUACCACAAUAAUACAUUCAAGGCCUAUCAGUUUUACUACGGGGGUAACCGCUGCACAAACCCAACCUAUACCUUAGUCGUGCGUGGUAAAGUCCGCCUUCGCCAAGCAUCCUGGAUCAUCCGAGGAGGGACGGAAGCUGAUUACCAGCUACAUAACAUACAGAUAAUCUGCCACAAUGAGGCUGUGGUUGAAAGAUUAAGUGAACUGGUGAACCGUACAUGCCCUGGAUUUGUACCAGAAGGUAAACCUUGGGAGCAGAAUGUGAGCUAUGAUCUUUGGAGAGAAGAGAAUGGCUAUGAAUGCACCAAAGCACUGAAUUUUGCUAUGCAUGAACUUCAGCUUAUCCGGGUAGAGAAACAAUACCUUCACCAUAAUUUAGAUCACUUAGUUGAGGAGUUAUUUCUUGGAGACAUCCACACUGAUCCCGCUCAAAGGAUGUAUUAUCGGCCAUCUAGUUACCAACCGCCUCUGCAGAAUGCCAAGAACCAUGACCAUUCAUGUAUAGCAUGCAGGAUCAUCUAUCGGUCAGAUGAACAUCAUCCUCCCAUUUUACCUCCAAAGGGCGAUUUGACUAUUGGAUUACAUGGGGAAUGGGUGAGCCAACGCUGUGAAGUGCGUCCUGAAGUGCUCUUUCUUACCAGGCACUUCAUCUUCCAUGACAACAACAACACCUGGGAAGGUCACUACUAUCACUACUCUGACCCAAUCUGCAAGCACCCCACAUUUACUAUCUACGCCAAAGGUCGUUACAGCAGGGGAGUGCAUUCAUCACGUGUUAUGGGUGGAACUGAAUUUGUUUUUAAAGUCAAUCAUAUGAAGGUUACUCCUAUGGAUAUCGCUACAGCCUCCCUGCUGAAUGUGUUCAAUGGAAAUGAAUGUGGAGCAGAAGGAUCCUGGCAAGUAGGGGUGCAGCAAGAUGUAACUCACACCAACGGCUGCAUUGCUCUGGGGAUCCGUCUGCCUCACACAGAGUAUGAGAUCUUUAAAAUGGAACAAGAUGCCAAGGGGAGAUACUUGCUAUAUAAUGGGCAGAGGCCUAGUGAUGGAUCCAGCCCAGACAGACCAGAAAAGAGAGCCACUUCCUACCAGAUGCCCUUAAUCCAAUGUAUUUCAUCAGCCCCAAGAACAGAUGGGACAUUAGAAGAAAAUAAACUAGGAUGGUACAGUAGUGGAGCUCCAGCAAGGAUUUCCUGGGCAUUUGCUUUGAUCAUCAUGCUACCUGUAUGUACUUUGCCACACAUGGGAAUUCACAGCUAGAAGCAUAAAGCGUAAUGACUUUACAACCAGGGCAGUGCAGGACUUUGGUUAACAGGGGAAUGACAUCUUUUCAGACAAUCCAAAAAAGACAUGUAUUUUCUUGAUGCACUUGAAUGCCUGGGAACUGUUGCUCACUUCCCCUCUUUGAAUCACGAACAGCAUUCAUUUCUUUCUGCCUUGAACUUCAUCCAAUCUGAUCCAUGGCCUGAUAUGACUGCACAACAGUAAUUGCACUUUAAGACAGCAGUUUCUUUCUUUUAUAUUAAAAAAAACCCUACUUGGAUAACCUGUCUUACACACUUUCCUUGUCAGUGUUGCUGUUGCAGUCUUUCUUACCUACAAAAUCAGUUCCUGCUUUGGAUUUAAUUAUGCUUUUAUUGUAUUGUGUCAAUACUGGUAAAUGGCAUUGUUCUUCAGCUACAGCGUGUGUGUGUGUGUGUAUAUAUAUAUAUAUAAAAGCUCAACUAAGGAUUAUCUAAAGUACUUUCAUAGAUUUUACAUGAAAUGAAAUUAUUUUUAGUAUCAAGAAUGAAUGGAAAAUCUAAAAUUUGCAAAGAUAAUUUAAAUCAUUUUAUGUAGAGAUGUUGAAUUUAAUGUUCUCAUAUUAUUUCCGAAGGCAUGGUAAUUCAACCAGUUUGUGGGUUCUACCAACUGUUUACAAAAACAAGAUGGAGAAAAAUGCCAGGAUUUCCCAAAUGAAGAUACAAAUGAAAGGUGUCUUGCUCUCUAUUUUCCUAAGAAUGUCAGGUAACUGAAAAGCCUGCCAUAUGCAGUGUACUUAUUUUGAAUCCCAUUUUAUUAGACUAGGCAAUUUAUUGAAGUGGUCAGGGCUAGCUCUAUACCUAUAAACGUCUAUUUUUACAAGAAAGGUUGUUUCUUUUUAAAGAGUUCACAAUUUGUGGUUUAAAAAACCCUGAAUUUUAUAAGCAGCAAGAUGUGAGGAUAUCACAGAAAAUUUUUGGCUUAGAAAAGUAGAGAAACUGGUACCUAAAUACCAUUUCUUUGUCCAUUGUGACUGGCAUAAUGUGCUAUAUGAUAUCUUUUUGUUUAUAUCCACUUUAACCUAACAUGACAGUGACAAGCCUAGAAUAUGUAUAAUCACACUUUCCAAAUCACUUACUGAAACCCAAGCAAUUGAAAGGCAACUAUUGCUUUUCUUUCAUGUGUGGAUUCAUAUAUAUGGAUAAGUGCUUUCAUGUAUAGCUGACUGAAAUCUACCAGUGGGGGAACCUCAAACUAGAGUGUGGAAACUAGUAGUAGGCUAUGCCAAGCCACCAUAUUAGGCAGGGCCUUUAAUUUAAUGGAAAGCAAGUCUCACCUUCUGAGUUCAUUAUGAUAUAUGUACAUUAAGCUAUAUUAAUACCAGGUAAAAACAGGAGGCUGCAUGAACAUUGCUUCUUUAUAGAACACUGCUUCUGUAUCUUUAUAACUGGAUAUUUUUGUCAUCUUCAGUUUGCCAAUGCACAAGUCUAAUUUGAUAUUUUGACGAUAUGAAAAUGAGAAUUAAGUUACAUUGCUGAACUCUUCCCCCUUCAUACUAGAUAGCAACUUCUAAGAGGUGGUAGGUUUGGCCUUUGGGGUUUUUUGUACACACUGCAAUAUAUGUACCCUUGAAAAUGUAUGUUUUGUUUUGCAGCUCAAGCUCUAAGUCCAUAUAUCAAGAUGCUUGAAGCUUUGAGUUUUUAGGUUAUUUCAAACCCAAUUCCAUUUGCUCUCUCAAAAAUCCUGAUAAUGCAAUUUAGAUAGUUGUCAUUCAUCUGAAACUCCCCCCUACCCCCAUUUGCUAAUUAUCACACCCUGUAAACCUGAGUGAUAACUGGUUAAGUGCAGAUGAGAGUCAAUUCCCCCCAGAAUGCAGAGUGUUGCUGCAUAUUAGCCAGGUAAAUGUGGAUGCUUCAGGCUCAGUUUUCAACAUCCAGGGCUUUGUUUGUUGUUCUACCAGUCCUAAUUUCCUAAUGUGUUUACAGAACUGAUAUUGCUGAGACCACCACAGCCUGCUGUGCUUCUGUUUUCAUCUAAGUGGGGCAACAUGAAUUCUUCAGUUACUAAGUUAAGCCUUAAGUGGGCAACUGCAUACAGGGCAAGGGCUAAUGCCACUUCCCAGACCCAGCCAUAAGUGGCAAACCGCUACCACAGCAAACCCAAACACUUCCCUUUUCUUCUGAAGUCCCUCUCAAAAAUGUGACAUCACAUCACUUUCUGUCACCACUUCGAGAGAGACUACAACAAAAAUGGAGGUAUUGAGGAUAGUAAGUGGGGUGGGGUGUUUUCACAUAGUUUGUAUGGCUUUCUCAAAUAAAAAUUGCCCAAACAAUCACAUUGAAAAAGAUUGUUUGGGGGAAAUAGCUUUGGGGAAUGGUGGAAGACUUCUGGGCUUCUAAAAAUGGGGCCAAUGCCACACUUGUCCCCACCCCUGAGCUAGGCAGAAGCCAGGAAAAUGCAAGGAAACUGGACUUUGAAAUCAACAUAGUCCAGACUUAUUCCACUUUCUUCAUUCCCUCACAUAUAUUAUUCAGGGUUAAAUGUUUAUUUUUAUAUUUUAUUUAAUAUGCUCCCCUUCCUCAAGAUUUCAGCUUACAGGCAAAGCACACCUGGUGGAAAUCUUCCCCUUUUAUGUUAUCAUAUGUGAAAUAAACAUAUUGUCUUUGUUCUCUUAACACCACAAUGUUUUAAAGUUGCAAUUCUAAAACUAGAUAGCUCCGGCUCAUGUUUUGCCACAUAGUGCAUUUUUUCUGUUCAAUGCUCGAUUCCUUCACAUGCCUAAGGAAAUCUUUGGAAUUGUAUGAAUUAUGCUGGGAUGUAAUUAAAAUAAUGAAAAUCUU